UUUUGGUUUGGUAGACUCGAGUUUCUGUUUCAAACCACAAAAGUGUGAGCCUUUGUUGAACAAAAAACUUCAUCUAGUUGUAGCAUCUGCAGAGUCCUCUGUGUUUCUUGAUCAAGUUCUGGUUGCGAUUUAGGUAUCUUCCUUUAGCAUACUCACCAGAUACAUGUGUCUUUAGAUUGGCCGCAUUUGAUCUCUCUGGGUUGCUUGAAAAUCCGCUAUUGUUUCUAGAUCAAGUCUGAGAUGGGCGAGCCACUAGGACUGCUCCAGGUGACCGUUAUUCGAGGAAAGAAACUGGCGAUCCGAGACUUCAAGUCAAGUGAUCCUUACGUGAUAGUCAAAUUGGGAAAUGAGUCAGCUAAGACCAAAGUGAUCAACAAUUGCUUGAAUCCUGUGUGGGAUGAGGAACUGAGCUUUACACUCAAAGAUCCCGCAGCAGUUCUCGCAUUGGAAGUGUUUGACAAAGAUAGGUUCAAGUCAGAUGACAAAAUGGGCCAUGCCACUCUCAGCCUUCAACCGCUCAUAUCAGUAGCUAGACUAAGGCAUGUAGUGCGUGUGUCCUCUGGUGAGACAACACUUAGGAAAGUGGUACCGGAUUCAGAUAACUGUGUAUCUCGGGAGAGCACAAUCAGUUGCAUAGACGGGGAGGUGGUGCAGAGCGUGUGGCUGAAGCUGUGCGCUGUCGAAUCUGGUGAGAUUGAGUUGAAGAUCAAGUUGAUUGAUCCUCCCGGAACAAAGGAGUAGUAGCAUUAGGGGCUUUUUAUGAAUGCAGAUGUGUGGUAUGUAGUUUUUUUGCAAGUUGUAAUCUGUUUGUCUUAGUAAAUUUGCAACAUGUAUGGUCUUUCGUUUCCAAAUGAAUGUGAAACGGCUUUUUAAGGUUUAAAA